AAUUGCUACUAAGUUAUAAAUGGUAAAUGCUGCAUGAAUUUAUUAACUUUUAUCAACAGAUAUAAACCUGAACUGAAUGUACUCUAACAUGAUUACAGAAAGUGAAAUGUUUGUUGGUUUCUUGUUGUUAUAAUUGUAUAAAACGUACCCUUCUUAUUGAUUUUUGUAUAAAUUGUAAGCAUACGCCACUGGAAUCAGAUUACUCUUGUAAAAUAGGUUGCUACCUCAUUAUUUGAUCCUGGUAAAAAAAAAAAAAAAAAAAAAAAAAAAAAAAAUGUAAUCAAAAGAAAGCAAAAACACGGUCUGCUUCUUUAUUGGUGGUUUCACUAGUGCCGACACUGACAGGUUGUUUAAGUUGUCUGUUUGGGAUUCUGUCGUGUAAAGAGCCGUGGUCUCGCUGACCCCCAGAGGCAUUGCUCUGUAUAGACACGGGCAGGGCUACACACCGUGGCUGUAUUAUUCCAUGUGAACACUCCCUCCCUGUCACUGUGCAUACCCUGAUCUGCAGAGCUAUGAACACUGAAACACCAGCCUGCUUGGAAACAAGGCAACGCUGGACCCCAGUCAGAACACUUUAAGGACUGUUUUAAGUAAUGUUAUUUUAAAAAGUGUUUAAAAACAUUCUCUUUUAACAGUGCUUGGAACAUUUUGAAUAAACUAAUCAACUCUAUCUAAUACACUAGAAAGGGUUUAAUAAACGGCAAACUUAAUUAAAAUAAUCAAUACAGGCUUUAAAAAGAAACCGUUCUUAACAAAGCAUUCUUUAAAACAGUCCUUCAGGUUCUGUGAAUAGGGCCCACUGCCCUUUUAUAGUCUCUGCUUCCUGGCUUUGCAUUUUUAAAUGUCUCUGGCUGGUCUUUGGGGGAAAGACGUAGCUACAGGCUUUUACUCAGAGAGAGAUAUCAAACGACGGCAUUCAAGUACAAGGUAACAUACCAUAUCAAAGGGCCUGGAGUAACAGAUCAUGCAGAUUGGUUAAAAAAUGUGCACCUCUAAUAUCAUCUAUAGCACGGUUCCAGUGCCAUUUCAGCCUGUAUCUGUUUCACUUCUAGCUUUUUUAAUUAUACAAUUUAAAACAUUCCUUUUGAAAUGCAUUUAAAUGUAAACAUUUAUUUUUAUUUAUUUAUUUUUUUGCUUGCACUCGGAUUAAUCAUGUGCUGGAUAAAAAAACGUGUUAAACAUACACAUGAAGGAGUUCUGGACUUCUCUCACGAAACAGCCAAACGUUUCACUGAUGUGGCUCUUGAGCAUGGCUCUGUUCAGAACAUCUGGAGAUGCAAUGCUGAUUUCCACCACUAGGCGUCCUGCCUCAUUCACUUAAUAAACUCGGCCUGGCUGCUUCCUCUUCCUGGGGCUCACUCUCAGUAUUAGAGCACAGUUACUGGAGGAGGAAACUGCUAACGCCCACUGAGUUUGCAUGGCAUGUGCUUCUCUCUCAUUAUACAGUAUGGUACAUCAAAAUGAAGAGUUAUGCAAAGAAGGGCAUUUUCCAAACAGCACACGUCCAUACUGGUGCAGCGGCCAAUGCAUUUCAAUGACUAACUGUAACUGACGCCUGGUGUGAAGACUGUAGUAUAGCCGCAAGUGUAAAUGAAAUCUGUACAGCUCUUAAUGUGAGAGCCGUCAAAUGCCAGUGGCAAUAUGAACCUUGAACUCCAGUUUACUCAGGAUUUAAUAUUUCGUCAGGGCUAACCCAGACACGUGAUCUCUCAUCACUAAUAUUUCAAUGCUCAGGGUGUCCUACAGCAAUCAUCACGUCAGCCCAUGAAAGGUACAAGAACAUACAGCAUCGAUAAACCGUAUACAAAAUAGGCCAGGUGUGAAGAAAAAAUAAAUCUUUAAAUAUUUUAUCAAUUAGAUAAAAUCUAGUUCUUGAUUUGCUUUUCUAAAUAUAUACUCUAGUUAUUGUUAUUGCCUGGGACAGUGAUUCCUAAAAACACACCAGAUUAACAAUGGAUCUGUUACUUCAGUACACCCCCUCCUUUGCCCAAGUGACAUUAAAGCCAUUAGGCACUGAGUAUAUGCUCUGUAGGUUAAGAUAAUGGACGGGCAGCUAUGAUUAAUGAGGUUACCCUGAAUGCCACGACUAUAGGAUUUUUGCCCAGCUUGGUGUGACCACUCUGAGUCAGGCCAGACCAGUGGCCACACCCCAGGGGGUCAGCUUCACAACACUCAUUUCUUCGGUAGUUUCCACUAUUUGCAUAAAAUCAUAGGAGGGGAUGUCCUGGACUGGGCUUAUUUGAAGCGGUGGGGUGGUUAUUUCUGUCUCCUUGUGUAUUCCGCUCUGAAGAGUUCCUGCAGGCUGUUUGCUCUCCUUGUUGGUUUUGGAACGAGUUCAGCGGUUCUCCCUUCCCAGGAGGAGGGCAGCUGGUGCUUUAGUGUGAUGUUUCAGGCACGCUGCGGAGUCAGGUAAUAUUAUGUUCUGCCUUCUGAAACGGUGAGCAGAUUAUGAAUGUAUUACGAUUAAAUACGAGUCCUGGCUGUGUAACGAAUAGACGUGGAAAACCUGAUUAUUAAUUAUUCACUUUGAAUUCAACAGCCUGUUUCUAAUUGCAUUGAAUUACUGGCACAUCUUAUAAAGUGUUAGCCAAAUAGUUUCAUAACUCUGAAUGGGUAAUAGCCAAUGCUUUAAGUUUUCCAGCACUGAAGAACUAGAGAUCCACCGGUCACCGGUGCAGCAAAGGCACUUUCACAACAGAAAGAGUGAAAAUAGAGUCUGGUCACCUAAGUGAUAAGACCAAUCAAUCACAAGUGACUGUAAAUGCUAAAAAGAGAGGUAAGAAAAUGUUGUCGGUCUCCAAGAGAAAAAUUGCUCAUCUUUGAUUCCAAUGGGGUUUUUACUGUGGUGCAUAGCGCCACCUGGUGGCGGCUCUAUAUGCAACGUGUAACCUCAGCCAGCCUUGUCAGUUCACUGGCACAUAUCGAAUACUGAAAACAGCACACAGAAAGUUGAGGCUAAUUUAGGAAGAGUUAACAACACUCACUGGUCAUUUCCUCCUCAUUUCUCCUACGCUAUGGAAAGUUUUUUUUUUUUUUUUAAUAACAGUGCUAUGAAUGGAUAAGCAUGCUCCAAGGCUACAGAAACCACAGUCAUGUUGCUCUUACACAGAACACUCCAGAUAGAAUGACUCCCUCGAUCCUCACCUGGAUUCUGGUACUGAACUGCGCUUGCUUUCCCUCCACAUGUGGCUCCAGCAGUGAACAGUAUGCAAACCAGAGCAUCUGUCACAAGCGCAGAUUUCAGGAGCUGUCUUGCUCCUCUCUCAAUCUUUCAUCUGUUCCAAAUUACCUGGAACCCGGACUUAAAAAACUUGAUCUGUCCAACAACUUUAUCAGAACUCUCAACGAGGAAUCCACAGCAAGCCUACGAUCGCUGCAAGAGCUGGAUUUAAGUUUCAACCGGUUCGAUCUAUUAACCCGGAGAGCUUGUAGAAACUUGAUACAGCUUCAAAGUCUUAAUCUUGCAGGAAACAACCUGGACAGGAACAGGAAAAGAAACAGCGCAGCCUUGCAGUCGCUGAAGAGCCUGAAAGUGCUGGAUCUGUCCCAGAACAAUCUGGACAGCGAUACGUCGGCUCUGUAUCUGAUGAACAUGUCCUCGCUGGAGCACCUUGGCUUAGCCGGAAACAAACUGACAACGCUUUCUUCAAAAUUAUUCCACCAAUCCCCCAACCUGGAGAGCAUCAGCCUGGCAGAUAACAUCAUUGUGGAAAUCGACGAGGGAACCUUUGAGAGUCUGAAGAGACUCAGGGUGUUAAACCUGGCCUUCAACUCACUGCGCUGCAUCUCUGAUUUUCAACUGAAACACCUGCUUACCCUGAACCUCAGCAGAAACUCCAUUGAGUUCUUUGUGACGAGUGAAAAUGAAGACAUGUAUCAACUUGAAACAUUGGACCUUAGUUAUAACAGGCUACUUUACUUUCCCCUGCUCCCCAAAAAGAGUGCUUUACAAUAUUUGUAUUUACAGAACAACAAAAUGGGUUCACUUACACUUGGAUCUGCAUUUUCAGAAGUGAGAAUUCUGUACCAAGAAAUCACAAGAUUAGAUACUCCCAACAGCAAGCUUUAUUCAAACACAACAUUUACAAACUUGGUUCACCUGGAUUUAAGCAACAAUCUAUUCACAUCUUUCCCGUUUCACUUUUUACACGACCUGAUUGCUCUUCAGCACCUUAACCUCAGCAACAACUGCCUUGAAAACUUCACUUUGGAAGAAAGUGAUGCAGAAACCCAAGCGACAGCUGAGCAACCAUCUCCACUAUUUCAGCAGCACAGGCGUCUCCCAUCCAUGCGGACACUGGAUCUGCACAACAAUCUAAUCCACUAUCUGCCCCCUUGGUUCUUUGAGCUUCUACCCCAGAUAGAACGAGUGAAUCUGGGGAAAAACAGCUUGCAACCCUGUGCCAUCCCCCAUUCUUUCACAAGCAACGGUUCUGCAUUGCAAAACAUGAGCCAUAAUGAUGACUGUGUGGACUUCUCUGGUUUAGGAACUCUGAAGCACCUGGAUCUGCGUGAAAAUAGCAUUGCAGUGCUGUUCCCUCGCAUGUUUCACCAAACUCCUUUGGUUUCUCUGGACCUCGCUGGUAAUACGCACCUUAGGAUAGCUGCUAAUGCUCUUGACAGCCUGGCGUCCACGCUGCAGGAGCUGUCCGUCAGUGGCAACCUGAUGAUAAACUCUGAUUUACCUCUGCCUUGUCUCAAAGAGUUAAGAAGGCUGGACCUGUCCAACAACCUCCUGGGUACUCUACCUCCGCAAAUAAGGUGCUCCCCGCUGGUAGAGAUCAAUGUUCGGAACAACUCUUUGACCGAGCUAGAUGUGCCGGCGGUCACCUGCUGGUCUAGAAGUCUUCAGACCAUUCAGUUAAGCAGAAACUCUUUCAAUUGUUGCACACUGGAUUGGCUGAGGAUCAUGCAGGAGUCUAAGGUGGACAUCAACGAUCUGGAGGACGCUGUGUGUUUCUAUCAGCAGAAUUACACGCUUGCAGUAGCUUUAACAAGGGACCAUUCACAAGAGUGUCCACCUGGGGCAGCGGCAGAAACGACACUCCUACUAGGCUUACUAAUCCUAGCCAUUCUGCUUAUAACAGCUGCUGUGGUUAUUGGUAUAAUAAAGUACCAGAAACCAGGCACUUCUGUGGAACUUAAGAGUAACAAAGUGGUGUCUUUUGAAUAUAGUCAAGACAUCGACUGUGGUCCUAAGGUGGCUAAACUCAAUAUAUUUGAAACUGAGACUUAAAAAGCUGGCUCAUUCUGGUUGCUCCUGUCUUUUUUGUAACCUUUAUUUAGGCAGAUAAUCAGUUUUACUUUAGUUUCUUCCCUUGAAUAUUUAUAAACAGGAGUGAACAAUGUAUUCUUAUAUUUUAUUUUUCAGUCACAAAGUAUAAUAUUUGAUUAUUUACAAAACUCUCUCUGAAACACUACCUCGUAUGCAUCAAGUCUUAUUUCUUUCUCUGAGAUUAUUAUUGUGUGUCCCUCUUCACAGCAGACAGAUACUGGAGCUACAAUGAGCAAAGUCACAUUUUGGUCCUUUUUUUUGGGGGGGGGGGGGGGGGGGGGUACUGUACCCUAUACUUUAAAUUUCACUAAAAGCUGAUAACGUCCCAAUUGAAAAUGUUGCCACAUGUGCGUCUCACACGGAAGUGACUUUGCUCGUUGACUUGGUUUAUUUUGUUUUGUUGGCAAGUAAUCAAUGCCUAGAUACUCACACAAUCCCCCUGCUAAUCACCCACAUUACCACUUCGUUUACCCUUUGUAAUCUGUGCAGUGGAAUUGAAGUGCAUGUUCCUGGCCAGUUUCAAUGGUGAGGAGAUGUGAAGGAUGUCUGAUAUUUCCUACAUAAAACAGGGAAAAUAUUAGAUUAGAUUUGCAUUUGAAAUUUAGCUUGCAAUGUCUACUAAUAUUAUUUUCUUCUGUGUGCUAAUGUUAUUUAUAUGGUGUAUCAAUUUAUAUACAAAUAUAUAUUUAUUUAUUUAUAAUAGGGUGUUGUUAUGAUGUUUUGUGUAC